UUCAGGCAGAGAGACCGCUGCAUCAGAGCAGAAGAGCACGUUUUAAAAUACAUUUAUUUUAUCAAUUAGUUAUUAACUUUUACUAUUUUUAGCAACUUGCCCAAUCGGGCAAGUGAGUUGUUAGUUUACAUGCCCGACCUUGAGUUUUACUUGCCCAGGGGCAAUCGGGCAGUCGUUAUUGUUGAGCCCUGGUUUAAAUGGUGCCAUAAUUGAGCACCCUCACAUUAGACAUGACAGUCCUGGGCUAUUUUUGAAAGAUGGAGUUCAUUUCACACCUAGGGGAAAUGAUAUGUUUUAAGUAAAUUAGUUAAUUGUUUUAAAGACCACCUCCAAACACAGUGAACUGCUUACUGUUGGCAGUGUCACUGCUUUUGAAUUUGGCCUUUAGGACACAUUUUGUUAGGCCUGAACAUAGCCCAGGCUGUCAUGGCUAAUGUUCAGUUUUUUAUAUUCAUCUAUAACUUGUUUAAAAUUUCAAUAAAUUCUAUAUUUGCACUCCUGUCUUUAUUACUGACUGAAUGUUGUAUUUCACAAUCAAAUCUGACUGUCAAUUGAAAGGACAAACAAAUCAUACACAACAGAUAAAACAUAAAGCAUUAAUGUUUAACAUUGUCAUUGACAAAUAAUUAAGCAGUCCAUUUCUUUGUGGGCCUGAUUAUUUUAACUUUGUUCUUGAAGAUAACUAAGCACCUUACACCCAGCAGCAGAGCCUGAGAAGAUUUUGGUCAGUACCCUUUGUUUGCUGCUCUGUUAGAAGUCUAGUUUUAAGACAGAAGAAUGUGACUGGAUAAAAGGGCUCAAAGUGAAAAACAAAGAAUUAGGUGGACACAAUAGUUUUGAAGCCCCCAAGGAGGUAUCACUUGUUCGCUAUGUUGCCAACUCUGAGAGGGUCUUCCUCAGGCAAAGGUAUUGUGACGUUUUUAUAGUGAGGCAAAUAGAAACAUAAUCAGCCAAUUGUGUGUUAUGUUUUUUUUUAGCCCCGCUAUAUAAGCCUCAAUACCGAGCAAUACCCACAGAGCCUUCUCAUAUGUCACAACAUCACAAAUAAAUAAUACCUCCUACGGGGCUUAAAACUAUUCAGUGUGCAGAUAAUUCCUUAUUUUUCACAAAAGGAGAAUAGUUUCUCAAUGAAUUUUCUUCAUUUGUCGUAAAUGUCCAAACAAAACCAGCACAUAACAUCAGCUUUUCAUUUUCUUUACAUUCUGCUAAGAUAAAUGCAAACUUGGGUAAAUGUUAAGACAAAUGAUUAAGCAUUAAGAUGCCAUUAAUAACUACUAUGUUUUGUUAAUGGUUUAAAUCACCACUAUAUUUCCAAUCAUCACAGGAAACUGAUGAAUGACAGCUUUCAAAAAAAUUGCUUUUUCUCUAAAGUAAAUUUUGUCUGAUCCAUUUUAUAUAACAAAAAUUAUAACCAUUACACAAACAGUUUAACAAAAUAAAGUCAAAUCUUGCAUUCAUGAAAACAUUCAUUUUAAAAGGUUACAAAAAGUACACAUUAAAUAAAUGAAAAGAUUUGUAACAGUAAUUCUUAAACCUAUGGAUUAGAACCCAGUGUCAUAAUUUGCAAAAUCUUAAUUUCUUGUGAAAUAACCUCUUUAAUGUGGAGUAAACAUCACAUUUGCCGAGGCAUUUUAACUUUCCUCAAGUGUCCUACAUGAAAGGGGAAGCUAUAGAGACCAAAACCGUUUUUUUGUACCAGGCUGUAAACAUGUUUAUUUCUGCUGUAAAGUUGAGCAUUUUAACAUGGGGGUCUAUGGGGAUUGACUCGCUUCUGGAGCCAACCUCAAGUGGCCAUUCAAUGAACUGCAGUUUUUGGCAUUUCCGCAUUGGCUUCACUCUUCACCCCCGGAGGUUGACGCUUGCUCUGAACCCAACUGAAUGACCUGGAGGGUUACAGCAAAUUACCUCAUUUCAAGUACAAGUCCAUAACAGAGUGUUACAAAGAUCAGGAAAAUAUACACAUCUUUGAGGAAAUGUUACACUCCAAAUUUACAAGCUCCUUUGUUUAAUCACCACUUUAGUCUUUGUAAAAAUCUUUUUCUUUUAUGAUUUACUCUCCUUUAUAAUUCAUGUUUUAUCCAUGUUAAUAUUUGUUGUCCUGUUAAAAUGUAUAUUAUGUAUUUAUAUAUUCAUGUACUUAGAUCACAAUGUGUUACACAACAAACUAGGAGUACUGUCACCACCAGAGACGGCUGGUAUAAGUGGGCUAGCAGAGCUACGCCCUGCCUAUCUUAUACAAUAAAGACGAGAAAAUUAUUAAAUUAAAGAGAAUAUUAAAAUAUUAGUUAUUGAACCUUAGAACUGAUUGUAUUUGGCGGAACCUAUAGCAGCAACAGCACUAAAAUAGUCACAAAAACGCAGGAUUUGUGGGCUGAUUUUUUUACAGCCCAUACUCCUAGAAUCAGCUUCCAAUCCUUGUUGUCACAUCGUGAGUGACAGGUGUCAUGACAAGCCCCCUUGAUUUACUGUCCAGUUGGGCUAAAUUAAUCCAGACCAGGCCACUGACUUUUGGCCAAUGACAGUGCGUGCAAGUACAGUGAGAGCCUGCCCGCUGUUACUGCAGUGGGAGAGUGAGCAUUGAGUCUUGCGAAUUGUGUUAGCAUCAUGCUGAACGAGGUAAAUUAUUUUAAAUGCUGUCUAUCGAGCGGGACCUCAUCCAAAAAUCAUCGGACUUAAAUGACUUGGUGAUUAACCUGUUUGCAUCCCAGAAAGGCCGUUGAUGUGAGCUUCUCUUCAAAUAAGGAAGGCCCAAGCCCUAACCUCUUAUUAAAGGAGCCUUACUCCUUUCCUUUCUUUACCUUUCCUGUCUGUGUGUACAGCCGAAGAUAGUUUGCGUGCGUGCGUGCGUGCGUGCGUGCGUGCGUGCGUGCGUGCGUGCGAGAGCUUUUGGCUCCAGAAUGUUUUUGUAGUUAGCCUAAUUCUCUAGUUUUGUUGUAGUGCAUUGUUGCUGUAACCUGGUACUGUGUCUCGGUGUGAUGUUACUGUCACUGCAGCUGAACUAUUGCUCAGUAUAGGCCAUAGGCCUAAUGCGUUAGCCCUCCCACCCAAUUUAACCACGAGCCGCUACUGGUCACCUCAGACCUUUGUUUUUAAAAGUACAUGGGGAACACUUCAAUUCUUAACAGUAUGACAGACACCAUGUUGUUGUUGUUGUUAACGUUAUAGAAUUUCUUUAUCAUUACAGUGUAUUUCGUUUCAAUGUGGAUGUUUUGGAGAAGACAUUUUGUUUCCAUAGCUGACAUAUCACAGUUACAUACACAAAAUUAAAUUCAUUUUGUAACGUACGGUAAUAUAAAGUCCCUCUAUUGCCAAAAAUGACCUUGCGUACUCGACAUUGCUUGUUUUAUCGACAUUUCGACUCUUACGAAUAAUUCGCACUGUCUACGUGAGCUGAAGGCCGACAAAGAGAGUCCGAGGUCCCACCCAACGCUGCUUGCAGCUUUAAUUGUAUUUAGUUUUUAGCCGUGCCUUGUGAGAUCUAAGAUACGAAAAAAAUUGUAAAAUAAGCCUACACCCUACACUGUAGCUUCUUCUGCAUUAUAAGUUGAUGUUUUACAACUUUCUGCAAGUAUAUCAGGAUCCCUGUACGAGGUACACUGUAAAAACUAUUACUUAAACUACUUAAACUGAGGGCACUACUGUAGAAAUGAUUAUGCGCUCAACUUCCAGUGAGAUAGCAGAAGUAGUAGUAAGCUAGUUAGUCAUAGACUGUCCGUGGUUAGUCCCACGGCUACUCUUGGUGGCUAACCGCCAACACUGGUUCUUUUCUAAAGUAAUUUGCCUUCAGUUUAGCAAAUACCGAUUUAUUUUUUAACAAAUAUUUAACUAAUGUUAACUUACCAUUUCCUAAAAUGUCUUGGCGGAGCUCUGGUACCUGUUGCACUAUCCAUGUCUGUAACAACUAACAACCAGUCUAUACUAAAUUUUUGUCCUCAGCAGUGUGUUGAACAUGUAACCAGAACAAAAAGGGAUUGUUCCUGUUGCCAAACGUACCAUUGAUGAGAAAUAAAACCACAAGAGUUUCACAAGACAUAGCGAAAAAGUAUGAAAUCAGAAUUUGCAAAAGAGAAUGACAUGUAGACUGACAGGUCCGUCACUCAAUGUCAGUACAUGAUAUCCCUGUCUUUCCCCAUCUGACUUCAUUCUCAACCUACAUUAGAAAAUUGCUCAUUAUAAAAUAGACUCAGCAGCAUACCUUGAAAUAUGUAGGCUAUUUAGUCAUUAGGUCUGAGAAUGUGUUACUGAUUUACAAUACUUCCUAUAUAUCAUAUAAAAAAAAAAAUGCCAAAAGUUAUUUCUUUUACUAUUACUUUAUAUUACUAUUACUUAAGUCUGCUGCUAAAUUCAGCAUCAUGUUUCGCUCAGAACACAGUUUUUAAUAAAUCUGAAGUUAUAAAAAUAUGUGAACUGCGUCGUUAACGCAAACGAGCGGAGGAUUAACUAAGAAACAUGACAUUAAUUAACUUUAUAUGGAGCUACAGUUAAUAUUGAAUUAUGUUAAGUGUGAAUGAAUGAAUGAAUUUUAUUUUCGAACGAGUAUAAAAAUAAAAAAAAUAUAAUUAUAGCUGCUGCGCAGCGAUGGGUCGGGUCCGGGCAUUUUUAGGCAAUUCUGAGCAACAAGCAGAAGAAUUGCAAGACAUUUAGGAAUUUAGCAACACAAUCUGCCUUUUGCAUCAGCUGAGGCUUGAACUCACAACCUCUUAGACUAAGGAUCAAUUUCUAUCUCACUGAGCUAAUUAGUCAGUGACAAUUCAUGUGUAGCUUCACAAAUUGACUAAGCCAAACAUGCAGGUGUAGCAGCCGUCCAUGCAUGGAAAAGCAGAUUUCAAACCACUGUAAAAAAUUCAGUUAUCGAAACAAAAAUCUGAAAAUACACAUAUUGCAUCUGGACAGCAUGGAGAUGUUGGUAAUUUGUUUGUAGCAAUGAUUGAUUUGCUCCACAAGUGAAAAACUGAUGUUUAAAAUUGCCAUUUUUACAUUGACUCCAAUUGUUCACAUUAGAGCAAAAUUCAAAAUGCUGUCAAAAAUUCAGUUUUUGAGAUAAAAUUCUGAAAUUUGCCACACAUCAUCUACCAUGACUCUAGAAUUUUGUCAUUUUUUUCAUGAACAUUGAAGAUUUAUUUAGCAAGAAUUUGCAUGUAUAUGUUUACAGUACCGUUUACAGUCAAACAUUUUGAUGCACUGUAGGCUCAAUUUUUGAUAAAUCAAAAAUCUGAGAAACAUAGUUUUUGUAGGACAGUCUGAAGAUGCUCUGUAGCAAGUUUGGUGUCAAUUGAGCAAAAAUUGUGGGAGGAGAUAGGUUUAAGAAGUUUUACAGUUUUUGAAAAAAACAGAGUGAUGAACUUUAUAAUUUCUAAUAGGUUUAAAUGUACAAAAGUUUAUUUAGUAUUGGGGCUACAGUUUGUUGAAAGUUGUGAAGUUGUAGCACUUAUGGUUGAUUUGUUAUGAAUUUUCAAAGUUUUGAACUUUAGACGCUUGCUGUAGCGCCACCAUCAGGACUAUUGGCUUGAGUUUACAGCUGAGGAUAUCUGGCAUGAGACUGGACCUUUGUGCAAAGUUUGGUGAGUUUUCACCCAUGGAAAGUAUGAUUUCCUCGGAACAAGAAGAAGAAGAAUACCUAGGAUUACAAUAGUGUCCUGGCAGCUUAGCUGCCCGACCCUAAAACAAAAAACAUAUCAACAAAUCAUAGUAUGCACACAAGUUCGAAAAAGGAGUAGGAAGAAGUAUACACUUUUUUUUUAUUCCUACACCUUUUUAACUUCACGGUUUAUAUAAUUUUAUAUCAUUGCAAAUAAUAUGUAUACACAAAUAUCCAUAUAAAUAUAUAAUAUCCAUAUACUACACAAAUAUUAAUAUAGUUAUAUAAUAUCCCUAUACUAUAUACAGUGUUUCCCAUUAAUUGAGUAGAUUAUUGGGGGCCCCCAUAGUCUAAUUUAUGCCCCCAUAAUCUACUUAUUUGUCUAAUAUGGUUUCAUAUGAGUAAAUGGAAUGGGAGUGGCGUGUUUUGUAUCUGAAGGAGAUUUUAUAGAUAUAGCCUCUUAAUUUGGUUCUCAUAGUUUAACCAGAUUAAUGCAUUUAACUUUGAAAUGUACACUUUUUUCCCCAGGGGGCCAUGACCCUGGACCCACCUAGAGGGUCCAUGGUCCACCCCCCAUAGUUUCACAAAAUCCUGUAGGAAACACUGAUAUAAAUAUCCAUAUACACAUAUACUCUCCCUUGAAAAAGAGGUUGUUAAUCUCAAUGGGAUCCUCCUGGUUAAAUACUACAUGAAUAUCCACAUAAAUAUUUAACUAUACUAAGCAAUUAUAAUAUAACAAUUUUCACUAUUUUAUUUAUAUCCCUCCUCACACUCCCAGGUAACACACCUCCUCUAUAUACCUGUUUAGAAAUAAUUUUUUGUACUUCUUUUUAAACAGAUUUAUGUUUGUACUUUGUUUUAUCUCCAUCUCCAGACUGUUCCACAAAGUCACACCACAGCUCAAUACGCACAUGCUUUUCAUAGUUGUUCGUACUUUGUUUUUUGAAAUUUAGAUCUCCCCUUAGAUUAUAACCUCCCUCUCUUUCUGUGAACAUUCCUCGGAUAUUUUUUGGCAGUAGAUUAUUCCUUGCUUUGUACAUUAUUUGCGCUGUUUUGAAUUUAACCAGAUCUAUAAAUUUCAACGUGUGUGAUUUUAUAAACAGUGGGUUUGUGUGUUCUCUGUAUCCAGCAUUGUUUAUUGUCCUUAUUGCUCUUUUCUGUAUUGUGCAUAUUGGCUGUAGAGUGCUUCUGUACAUAUUUCCCCAGACCUCCACACAGUAAGAUAGAUACGGUAAAAACAGUGAACAGUAUAGAGUGUAUAGUGAUUUAUGAUCCAGAAUGUGUCUUGUUUUCCCAAGAAUUGCAGUGCACUUUAAAAGCUUUGCUCGUAUGUGGUUUACAUGUGCUUUACAUGGGGUUUCCAGCAGAUUUUGUGGUUAAGGACUACACCAAGAAAUUUAAUCUCAUAUACUCUAUUUGUGUGUUAUCUAUUAUCAGUUCUACAUGAGAGUCUGUUUUAGGUCUUCCAAACAGCAUAAUUUUUGUUUUGCUCAGAUUUAAUGAUGAUUUAUUUCUGUCAAACCAGUUUUAGUUUAUUUCUGUUGUAAUCAUCUUCAAAAUCUGCUGCAAAUUCUCCCCCGAAACAGAAAAUGCUAGUGUCAUCGACACAAAACAAAUGUCAAUCAUUUUGAUACUCUACAUAUGUCAUUCACAUACAAUAUAAAUAAUUUCUGACUUAAUACUGACCCCCGUGGUACUCCGCAUGUAAUGUCCAUGUACUCCGAUUUAUGGUCACCUAUUUGUACAAACUGUUGCCUGUUUCUUAAAUAGCUCUUCACCCAGCUCAAUCCAACCCCCCUUAUACCAUACCUUUCUGGUUUAUAUAAUAAUGUGUUGUGAUCAAUGGUGUCGAAGGCUUUUUUUAGGUCCAAAAAUACUCCAACUACUAUUUUUUUUGUUGUCUAUACAAUUUGUGAUUUCUUCUAUUAAUUCGAUUAGUGCCAGAGAUGUUGAUCUGUCCGUUCUGAAUCCAUAUUGACUGUCUGUAAGAAGAUUGUGUUUUUCAAUGUAUUUUUCCAGUCUGUCUGCAAAAAGUUUUUCGAGUAUUUUGGAGAAUUGGGAGAGUAAAGAAACAGGCCUGUAGUUUGUGAAAUGGUGUCUAUCUCCAGUUUUAAACAGCAGUAUCACUUUUGCUAUCUUCAUUUUGUUCAGAAAUGUACCUGACUGAAAAGACAAGUUGCAGAUGUGGGUUAAUGGUUUUGCAAUUCCUUCAAUAAUGUUCUUCACUGUUGUCAUGUCAAUAUCAUUCCAGUCUGUAGAGGUUUUGUUUUUUACAUUUUCUUACCGUCUCCAUGAUUUCUUUUUCAUCAGCUGCUCCUAGAAAUAUUGUACUUGGAUUUCUGUCCCCCAUAUAUUCUACAAUGCCCCAUUCUGUUGUCUGUGGUUUCUUUAUUUUUGCUGCUAAUUCUGGUCCCACGUUUACGAAGAAUUUGUUAAAACCAGUCACCACAACCUCCAUAUUAUUUAUGGUCUUGUCUAGGCAUGUGCCUAUUACCGGUGUCACGGUUUACCACGGUAAAACAAUGUCACGGUGUCACUAACCGCCCAUUUUCCGUUCUGACGGUGAAGGCCAACGGUGUAACCUAUGUUUCAUAAAUGGGAACUUCAGGAACUCAAAACUCAGAAAUAAUUCUGUGCCAGUCGUACAUUUUAACUGGCACACACUCUGAAAUCAUGCAGCCUCAGUCAGUUAGUACUAGUCAGUAAUCAGUAUAAAUCCACUCACGUGCAAACUGCAAACAUGGCUGAAGGAGGAAAAGCUGAACUUUUCCCACUGGCGAAAAGGACGAAGUCGGUGGUGUGGGACUAUUUUGGCUAUCAGAAGAACCCACUUUGUCCCGACUUUAAAGAGCAUCAGAAAAAUGAGCGGCUGCGGAAAGACCAGAGGAAAAGCCAGAGCCAAGGCAAAGACCCACUCCUCCCGUGCUGGGCUCCAGUUCCCAGUUGGCCGUGUUCACAGGCUGCUGCGCAAAGUAAACUAUGCGGAGCGUGUCGGUGCCGGCACCCCCGUCUACCUGGCGGCUGUGCUGGAAUAUCUGACCGCUGAGAUCCUGGAGUUGGCUGGAAACGCUGCCCGCGACAACAAGAAGACCCGUAUCAUCCCCCGUCACCUGCAGCUGGCUGUCCACAACAACGAGGAGCUCAACAAGCUGCUGGGCAGAGUCACCAUCGUGUAGUUAAUUAACGGCUCUAUUAAACUUUUAACAGGUCUAUAUUAGCCUACACAUUUAAACAACUGGUGUGAUGAUGUGUUGCACUGACAGGAGAUGCCUGGUACGUGCUGUCACUCAUGAACGGUCAAACAAAUAUUAGCCUACCAUUUGAAAGUCUAGAGCACGAAAAUAGGACGACACCUGUUUUAUUAUGAUGAUCAUUAUUAUUAUUAUUAUUAUUAUUAUUAUUAUUAUUAUUAUUAUUGUUAUUACCGCAGUAAUACCAGUUACCGUGGUAUUUUUGCCCACGGUUAUCAUACCAUCAAAAUCUCAUACCGGCACAUGCCUAGUCACAAGCAUUCCGGGUAAUUUUUCUCCAAUAGUUUGUUAUAUUAUUCUUUCUUACAUAUCCUCAUAAUAUUGGUGAAUUUAUUUUUAUAUUUUUUAUACUUUUCCUCUGCCUCUAUAGUUUGAUGCUAACUGAACUAUGUUUGCUGAAUGUGUUAGUAUCUCUUAAUAAGUCAUCAGAAAUCCCCUUUAGAAUGUGCCUAUGUUUACCUUAAGCUAGCUCGGGCCAUGUUAAAGUAAACAAUAUUUUAACGGAGCAAGGCAAGCUAAUUGCCAACAUGCUUGGUUGAAAAGGAGAAAAAAAAAACAAUGCUUUGAAAUGGCUUUCAGAGAUGGCAGAGGUAUGAUCACAUAAUCCCGUUUGAGCUAUAGCAGGUGGUGUGUUCCACGUUUUAUUUCCAUAUUGUACCUGGAAAGAAAAUUAGAGUACUGUAAACAAACUGUUAACAUUUGAAAUCACCAGUUUUGGUUCAACGCCGGAAGUUGCGCACAUAAUUCACGCCAGGUAUCAUGGGGGCUAGGAAUAAGGUGGAUAGGCUUUAGGUUUGUAAGUUCUUGGUAUUUUGAGUGGGGUCAGCUCAAAAAUUAGGGCUGUUAGUUGUGCGUGUACAUUAGGGUGGGGUGAUAAUACGAUAAUGAGGUAUCCCGCGGUAUCUAAAAAUAGCAACGGUAUCAGUUUCAUUACCGUCAUUUUAAAAAGAAUCUGCUGCGCAUAUAGGUAGGGAUGUCCCAAUCCAGCUUUUUCAAUUCCGAUCCGAUAACGAUAUUACAGCCUUGAGUUUUGGCCGAUACCGAUCCGAUCCAAGCGCGUAUUAUACAUAUUCACUUAUUUUGUUGUCAGUCAUGUUAGAAAAGGUUUGAUCAAGCGAUAUUACUCUAACAAGAACAACUACUUAAUCGGGUUAGUUAGAAUGAUCCACAACAGUUGGUAUGAGAAACUGACCUGUUUAUUGUUAACAGGGUUAAAUAAACAAACUUUAAACUUGAACAUUAACAUUAAAUAAAAAAUAUAGCUGGUUUGCUUUGGCUGCUUUGGCCCCUUAAUAAAUAGAAAAUAAAUCAACACAAGAAAUCUUUAAAAUGUCUAACAUUGAAAUUAAAAUAGCAGCAAGACUCCACACACUUGUGCUUUGGCCCCCUAAUAAAUAAAAAAUAGAUUAACACCACAAGACAUUGUUGACAUUUAACAAACAAUGCAGCCUUUCCUUUUCAGUUAUUGUAGUAGUGUCAGUGCCAGCCUGGUGCUGCUGUUUCCUGGGACCAACAGAGGGGACAAAAAACCACACACAAUAUUGUACAACUGUUUAAACAAGCAAUAGUCCAUCCAUGGCUCCAGUUUCACUAAUUGUGCCCAAAACAAUGUCAUCAGUGCUCUUUACUUAAACAGUAAGAGUGUAAACCAAAUAAAAAUAUCACUCUCAAAAAACCAGAGCAGAAAAUAAAUAGUCAGUUAACUAAAUAGACCGCUACUCUUCCUACCCUCCGUGUGUGUCUGCAUGCUGGCGGCUGGCCUGGUGGAUUGAUAGUAAGUGCUGGAGAGGAUCACUGGAAUGGACUGCUUGAAUCGCGGAGCCAUGAGCUGGCCGGAAAACCUGAAUCGGACUCAGUGAAAAACUGGAUCGGAGUUCUUGGAUCGGCAUUUUUCCAUGCAGUCAGAUCCAAUGCGGAUGCACGUUUUUUGCUAAUAUCGGCAGCCAAUACCGAUCCGAAUAUCGGAUCGGGACAUCCCUAAAUAUAGGCCUACAGGGGCCUGAUAUAACAUUAAUUUAUUUAAUGCCUAAAUAAUGAGCGCUUGUCAAGCACGGUUGAGUUUGCAAUUUAAUAGCCUACUAUUACAAUUUAAAACUAGUAGUAGGCUAUAAUGUUUCUCUUAACUGUUGAUUCGGGAGAUGACAUUUGAAAAAGUUUUUGGAUGUGACACCGUCACAUGACAGCUCGGACGUGAGAAAGAGAAGAAAAGAUGGCAAGCAUCAAGCGAGUUGCCCCCCCCCCCCCCCAAAAAAAACAAAACACAACGUCAUAACUUCUGCAAGCAGCAGCAGGUCCAGUGGCCAUCAGAGUGGAGGAGGGAGAAGCACAACCCGAACCACCCAAAAAAAGAUGACUCUGGGCAAUCUCCUUCAAAGAGAAGCAGAUGCGGUGGCAGGUCCUGUCAGCACCAUACAGGAGUGAGCAGGAGCAGAGAUAACUGCCUGUUGUCGCGAGCCCAUUCAGGGCUGUACGUUAACUUUUUUAGCCCAUAGCACCGGUGCUACAGAGGGUGAUAAUUUUGUAGCACAGGCCAGAAAGUUUGUAGCACCUGUCACGAUAACAAAUUUUGCUGGCCGAUUAAUUGCGUCAGAAAUUAUUGCGAUAAGCGAUAAUAUUGCCCAAUAUUGUGCUUUUUAAGACAAUUUUUAUUAUUGUUGUAAUUUUGCUGUUUUUAGACCAUUUUUAAAACUUAUAUGAUGAUAAUAAAGGCAUAAUGAUGCAAGUACACCCUUUUAAAGGGAAAUAAACAUUUAUUUAACAAGAAUAUUUACGAAUACAAAAAAGAAAAUUUAAAUAUCCGAAAUAACGUGUAAAAAUACCAAAAUAAAUAAAUAAAGACCUUAUGAAUACAAAAAAUUACAAAAAAAUAGACUGUCAGUCUCUCACUCUCAGGUGUUAAGUUGGUCGUAUUCACUCUUUUUGUUGAGAUGGUUUUAGAACAAACCCGGCAUACCGGCUCGUCCAAAUUACUGGGCUCCCCUCUGUCAUUUGGUUUAAAUUCAAAACACUCUCACACAGGGGCCGUGGCAUUUGGUUUACGAACAAGUUCCCUGUCUUUCUCUUACGCUCAACUCUCUCGCCUCGUCUCCCCCUCAUGAAGAUCGCACUGUGUGUGUGUAGCCCAUAGCCCCGCCUCCCCCACAGAGACAAAGGCACUCGAUGACAAGAGCUUUCCCUCCGUUCAUUAUGCUAACGAACCAACUCACCUGGCUGCCAUGCACGGCAGUGAACGCUUUUGUCGUCUAGUGAAAAAAACGAGAAAAAAACAGACCACACACACACACACACAAGCGGCUCGCAAGCAACGUGUGCUACUAGGCAAAUAAAUUCAUCGCACAAACAUUUUUUUCCAUCGCUGUACAGCCCUGCAGUUAUUCAGGCAGAUGAAGACCCCCUUCUCUGGUGGAAAUGUGAUGGGGCCAGGCAUUUUCUUCUGAUGUCGAGGGUUGCCCAAAAGUACCUGUGCGUUUGUGCCACGAGCUCUCCAUCAGAGCGGGUGUUCAGCACCGUGGGCAAAGUUCCACUACAUGCCCUGCUCCAGCUGGAAUAAGUAAACAUGCUGGUUUAUCUGGCAAAAAAAACCUUGAAUAGUUUUGAAGCAUAGGAUGCUGCUAUAAUUAUCAUUAUAGUUUGUUUUUAUUUCAUUUUCAAUGAGGAGUAGCCUGUUCUGACGGACAGAAAAGUUAAGACUUGGAGAGGGUGAACUUUUCAAAGUAAAGGUAGGCUCUAAAAAUAAACCAACGAACAGUAUUUCCUAUUGCGUUCUCAGGAUAGGAUUAUAUAUGCCCAUUUUCAGUCAUGCCUUGUUAUUUAUUGUUCUGUUUUUCUUACUGGAUAAGUCCUAGUACUGGAUGCUGUAGAGCUGUGCUUUUAAUUUGAUUUAUGUUGAUAGAUUUUAAAAUAAACCAACAGACUGUAGCCGUUGCGUUCUCAGGACAUGCUGUAUAGCACACAUUAUCGUUACUGCUAUUGUUAUUUAUUGUUACCUUUAAUUAUUUGAUAAGCCUAUAAGUAUUGGAUGCUAUAGGGCUGUGUUUUAAUUUAAUUCAAUUGUGUCGAUUACUGUACUGCAAGUGGACUGUAGCCCACAGACAAUUUGUUGUUAUUUCAUUCUGUUUGGUUGACUGCUGCAUUUGCGUAUUUGUUAAUAAAAGUUGUUAAUGUUGUACAUGUUUUGUUGUUAUUUUUUUAAGUAUUCUUAAGCCUAUGUAAUGUUUGCUAUUCUGUUUCUGAAUGGUAAAAAGAAAAAAAAAAAACACCACGUUGAAUCAUGGCAAAGUGUGACCAGAAAAGCACUGUUGAAGCUGUCAUUUUGGGAUAUUUGUCAGGAAGUUUCUCACAAUGCCUCCCUGUGUUUUGGAGAGAGUUGUCAGAUGGUAAACAUUCAACAUACAGAUAUAUUGUACUGUAUGUACUGUAUAUACAGUUAUCUAACUGAGUGUCUUCUUUUUG